AUGUCAACGGUGUCAUGCCCAGAAUAUCCGGAACUUCAGGAAAAACUACACCGACUUGCAAUGGCGCGUGAUAGUCUUUCAUUACAGGUAACAGUGUUAACUGAACAAGUGGGUGCGCAAAAAGAGAAAAUUCGUGAUUUGGAAAGUUUGCUCACUUCAAAAAGACAUAAACUCGAUUCCACGGAAGAAUUGCUGCAAGAUCAUGCAGAUAAUCGUGGCGAUUUGGAGUCGAAAAAAUUGGAUUUACUCGCUGAAGUAUCAAAUUUAAAGCUAAAAUAUGCCACGCUGGAACGAGAGAAACUUGAGACCGAGCGAAAACUUCGAUUGUCUCAAGCUGAAAUAGAACACUUGAAUGAAUCGAUGCAAGGCUUCAUGAUGCAACAGCAUCAGUUACAUAAUGCUCAUUUGCAAGUACAAUGCCCAUUUCCGCACGCCAUACCAACUGAACCAACAGCGAUUCGAAUGGAUCCAGAAUCAGCUUCUGAAAUGGAACAGCUUCGAAUGGCAGUCCAGAGGCUUAUCGUUGAUAACGAACAAAAAAAUAUUCAAAUCAAUUCGUUGCGGAACGCUCUAGAUGAGCAUUGUCGUAAUGAACGUGAUAUGGCCGUGUCCACAGUUGCAUCUGCUGCGAACUUCAUUAAUAUGCCAUCAUCCGCAACCUAUAUUAUACCACAAAAACAAUUUGUCUAUCAAAAUCAACAGCCACCGAUGGUCAAUAAUACAAAUAAUCUUAAUAAUCAGUUAUCAAACUUUUAUAACGAUUCGAUCAACUCGCAACAACAACAACCAUUUGAUAUUAAUGUACAGCUCAGAAAAUUACUUAUUGAUGACGUGAAUGAUCAUAUGGCACACUCGUCGUCGUUCCCGACGAGUUUAUGUGGUGUGCAACAACCGAACAACGCUGCAUCUUCGUCGUCGAGGACAACAUCAGCAGUUCAGUCAUCUUCGUCAUAUACAUCUUCGUUAUCAGCCGCAUCACCGCAGCACAGUUGCUCAAACUCAGGAACUCCAAGACAUCAACAGAAUCACAACCAGUCAUCGUCUGGCUCGUCAUCAGUUCUCAUCAAUAAUAUAGUCGCUAGUACAUCAUCACCUGUACCUGGUCCAUCUGCACCGCAGAGUUAUCGUUCACCAUCAUCUCCAGCCGCACGGCAAUUGGCUGCUGAAUUAGAUGAGCUACGACGCAUUGGUGGAGAUUUGCAACAGCAUCAUUUACAGAAUAAUAGCAGUAAUGCGUUUAGCACGAUGAGUUUACCGAGAUCACUCAGUGCUACAAAAGCUGUCUCAGCGUACACACUACCAAGAAAGAAGCUUUCGAUGACAUCGUCAUCAGGUGGUAUAUCGGGUGAGUUGGAUGAUCUGACUGUGAUGAAUAUACUGAAUGAUCAGAAUGAUUUUAAUAAUGUUGAAAGUGACGAUGAAAUAAUGCGUCGACAACGCACCCAAACUGCAUCAGUUGAGAAUUCAAAAAUGAAACGAGAUAAAACGAGGUCAUCGCUAAGAAAUCUUUUGGGUAAACUAACAAGAAGUUCAUCACAAGAGAUUCGAUCAGCCGAAUUUCGUCGAGGUAGUGCUACAAGGUCGACAACAAUGGCACGCUUGCCCAGUGUUGGGCCCGUAUGUGGCGCCAUAGCUGUACGUCCUCCAGUGGAGCAGUUUGUCGAAUGGAACACUGAGCAGAUUUGUGAAUGGAUGGCAGAAAUCGGGUUCAGCGUUUAUGUGCCUGAAGUGGAAAGAUUCGUGCGAAGUGGUCGACAUUUGCUGACGAUGAGCAAUCAUGAUUUUGAUAAGGAACUGCUGAUGCGUAAUCCACUGCAUCGAAAACGUUUACGUUGUAUUCUGAAGAAUAUUGAUAAGGGUGUCGCAGAUGCAGCUGAUCGUAUGGAUGUACAUCAGGUUUUGCGAUGGUUGGAUGAAAUUGGUCUACCGCAAUAUCGCGAGAAUUUCGCCGAAAACAUGAUUGAUGGACAAUUGCUGACAACACUUACGGCGCAAGAUUUAGUCGAGGACGUGCUGAACAAAGGACCAUGCCCGAAUGAAGUUGAACGAUGGUCACAUCACUGUACAUGUCAAUGGUUGAAAACAAUCGAUUUGGCCGAAUUUACACCGAAUCUGCUUUGUGCUGGCAUACACGGUGCUUUAAUGGUUUAUGAGCCGACGUUUACAGCUGAAUCGUUGGCUGAAGUGCUUCAAAUGCCGGCACAUAAGACUCUAAUACGGCGACAUUUAGCGACUCAUUUCAAUCAGUUGCUCGGACAAGAGAUUAUCAGUCAUAAACGCGAUAUAUUAGCACAGCCUUUCGUUGCACAACUCACACCCGCACUUCGAAUUCGUUUGAUGAAGAAAGGUUUCUCGUUGUCGAGGAAGAAGGGAAAAAAUGAAGUGUUUGUAGAACCUGAAGAAUUGGUUUGUCCACCACUCACUGCGAAAUCGAAAUAUCUACAGCACCACCAACAACAAUAUGUGAGUUCUGAUUUUCCCUUUGUUGGACACUUGAGGACUGAGGAGAGUCGUAUUGCAUAA